AUGAAUAUUUUUAAAAAGAAAAUCAAAGAAUGGGUGUAUUCCAUUAGCACUGAGGAUCAUUAUGCCGAAUAUAACUCAGACGAUGAACCUAAUUUCAACAUGGGGAUGCGUUCAGGUCAAGGUAAUGUGAAUCCUUCUAGUAUGAACCUUGCAGGGAACGGCAGUUCUGCAGAUUUACCUAAUUCUAACGAUGGUUACAUUGGUCAGGAUGGCGGUGAAAAUUCGUAUCAGAUUGAUGAUUUCAAUAAUGCAGCUACUUCUCAAAAGGGUGUCUCUGAGAUUCUUUUGGCUUGGAGACAUAUCGAUGCUUGGACUGAUAAACAUAAUCCUGAUUUGAAUGCCACUUUGAGUGAUCCAUGUACUCAAAAUGAUAUUACACAUGCUGAAGAAGACCUGGAGGUCUCUUUACCACCAUCUGUAAGGGCCUCUUUAAGGAUUCAUGAUGGUCAAGAGGAUCUUGAGUCCAUGACCGGUACUUCUGGUCUGAUAUAUGGUUUGCAAUUGAUGACUUUGGAUCAAAUUGUAGCAAUGACACAAACCUGGAGAAAUGUUGCUAGAAAUUUAAACAAACAUAAAGCACAUCAAGAAAGUGCAGCCAGAGCCUCGAUGGAACAAGGUAGUUCUGCCUCUCAACAACGAGCUGCACCAGAGCAAACUAACCAGUUUAAAUUGCCUUACAUACCAGAACAAAAAUCGAUGCCUCCAAACGCUAUUCAAGCUGCUUAUGCUCAUCCUGCUUGGAUUCCAUUAGUAACAGAUAAUGCAGGUAAUCAUAUUGGUGUUGAUUUGGCACCUGCUUCGGAAGGUUCCUAUGGUCAAGUUAUUAUUUUCGGAAGAGAAUUUGAUAUUAAAUUUGUUGUUGCUGAUAAUUGGGGUGAAUUUAUGUUGGCUUUCGCUAAUGACUUAGAGGUAGGUAAUUGGUAUUUGAUUGAUGAUUCAGAUGACUAUUUUUCAGGGGAAGGUGAAUUGGUGUUUAGAGAUAAGAAGAGAAAUGGAAGAGUGGAAGAAUAUUUAGAAGUAUUGAAAAGAAGAGUAUUACAAAAAUAUAAACAAUUACAGACACAACAAGAUGAUAAAGAGGUUCCAAAGGAAUCUCAACCUCAGCAGGAUGAGGCCGUACGCAAUGAGGUCUUUGAAGGUCAUGACGACGAUACAGACUUCGAUAUUGAUGAUGAAUAUGUGGUGGAUAUGGUCUCUGAUCAAACUCAACCUGAAAUUUCAACUGAAGAAGUUGAUAAAUCAGAGCCAGUAGAAGAUGUAGAACAAAACCCUGUUUCUGAUGUUGUUCCUGAGCAAAAACAAAAACAAGAAGAAGAAGAAGAAGAAGAAGAAGAAGAAGAAGAAGAAGAAGAAGAAGAAGAAGAAGAAGAAGAAGAAGAAGAAAAGGAAGAAAAGGAAGAAAAGGAAGAAGAACCUGCUCUUGAAGAGGCUAGUACAAAUGUUGUGGAUGUGCCUAUCGGUGAAAAUGAGACCAAUAAGAUAAUAUCUGGAGAACCUAAUGUUGAAGAUGAUAUUAAAGAACAAGAAUCUGAAAAGGUGGAAGAAGAAGUAAAGCCACAAGAUGAGAUUAAAAACGUUGUUGAAGAGUCGAAACCAAUAGAAAAUGAAGAAGAUGAAAAUCAUGAAGAACAAAAAGAAGACAAUAAGGUAGAUGUUACCGAACUUCAAAAUGAGUUUGAAAGUGUAGCAUUAUAA